AUGACCGAAGGCUUUAAGUCCAAGAUCUGGGUGUGGGCAGGGCUGGUUUCUCCAGUGGCCCUUUCUCUUAGGACCUACACCUUCAGCCUGGCCAUGGACCUGAUCUCCAGAAAGGACGGUGAGGCCAGCAGCCAGCGAAAUGGGGAACUCUACCCUUCACAGAUGCCAAGGGACAUUAGCAGCAUCCAGGCUUUACAGGCCACAAUAGCGAGGAGGAGUGUUUUGGUGGUGCGCCAUGGCGAAAGAGUGGAUCAGAUCUUCGGGAAGUCAUGGCUACAGCAAUGCUCCACUCCAGAUGGGAAAUACUACCGGCCAGACCUGAACUUCCCUUACAGUCUACCCCGAAGGAGCAACGGUAUCAAAGACUUUGAAAACGACCCACCAUUAUCAUCGUGCGGGAUUUUCCAGUCCAGGAUGGCAGGGGAAGCAUUACUGGACAGCGGCAUCAGAGUCAGCUCGGUCUUCGCCUCCCCGGCCCUCCGCUGUGUGCAGACAGCCAGACACAUCCUGGAAGAGCUCAAACUGGAGAAAAGAAUUAAGAUAAGAGUGGAACCUGGAAUCUUUGAGUGGACGAAAUGGGAGUCCGGCAAAACCACCCCGACUCUCAUGACCCUGGACGAGCUGAAAGAGGCGAAUUUCAACAUCAGCAUGGAUUAUAGGCCUGCGUUUCCCCUCGCCUCCCUCCUGCCGGCUGAGAGUUAUGACGAGUAUGUGGAGAGGUGUGCGGUGAGUGUGGGACGGAUCAUCAGCGCCUGCCCACGGGACAUGGGCGUCAUCCUGAUUGUGAGCCACGGCUCGGCGCUGGACUCCUGCACUCGCCCGCUCCUUGGGCUGCCGCCCCGGGACAGUGGAGACUUCGCCCAGGUGGUGAGAAAGAUUCCUUCUCUGGGCAUGUGCUUCUGUGAGGAAAAUAAAGAGGAAGGAAAAUGGGAACUGGUGAAUCCUCCCGUGAAGACGCUGACCCACGGCUCGAACUCGGCGUUUAACUGGCGGAACUGGCUCCCGGGCAGCUAGGAGCCGCGCUCACGCUCUGCUCGGCGCCGGGAAGAGGGGCGUCCUCCGCUCCCCCGAUGUGAUUUGUAGAUGCACGAAAUGCACUUUUGGUUCGCCAUCCGCUGUCGCCUUCGCAGCGGCCACCCGUGGACAGUUACCCUGUGAGUGCAGCCCUUGAGAUGUGUGGACCUGCCGCGUGGCCAGAGGGAAGGAGCCGCGGCGACCCACCACGGGGUCCUGGAAGGACGCACCCACUCUAUGUGCUGUGUUCUGAUGAGUCACGUUCCCCGUCGUUUUCCUAG